AUGAUGGGUAGAGAUUUUCCUGGAAAGUAUGUUUCUUAUGAGAUUCUCUCAAAGAAUGCAAAGAAACAAUCGAACGUGCUAUAUAAUAGCAGAAGACUUCUUAUUGUAUACAUAAGCAGUGGGUGCAUCUGGUCUUUCAGCCUUUGA